AUGGACCAAUUUCCCUUUCCUUGGGCUCGUACCCCCAACGAAAACACUAUGCUCAGCACUUCUGCCGAUGGCAACUAUUUUGAUGAGGCCCUCAGCGCUGAAAGUACCACCGCGCCCCUCGUCGCUCCUUCAUCGAGUUGGUGGUAUGGUGACAUACCGAUGUACCAGAAUGUUGCUAGUGUGUCUUCCUUCCCCUCAGCGCCCAGCUUGCAGCCAGAACCCAGCGUCUACCCGCCAGCUACCUACCAGCCAGAGCCUUGGUACCAUUCAGCCCCAGACUUUCAGUCAGGGCCUAGCUACCAGCCAGCAUCCUGUUCGCACCCAGCACCUAGCAUCCACCCAGCUUCCCGCGUCUACCCAACACCCCCCUACCAGCCGGAGCAAUGGUACCAGCCAGCAACAAACUUUCUGACAGGGCCUAGCUUUCACCAGCCGGCAAUGCAAGUAGCAAACCCGGCUUCCGUCCAGCACACAACAAGCCGUUAUGCGAACUUGGGACAAUUUCACCAUCCCCUCAAUGCCCUGCGCACUCAGGAAACUCAACAUAAUAGCAGUAUGUCUGCACCAGCCGUUGGGAACGCAGGCUUUGACUUCGGCUUGCCCUUGACUGGCAAUGGCAAUGCGAGAAGAGCCAGACCAAGCAGCCUGACCUCCGAUGCCAUUGGAAGGGUUGCAAAUAUAAGGCACCAUUCUACGGGGUGUCGGGAUUAA